AAGAAUGCUAAAGCAGCUUGUCUUCGCUCAUAGCUCGCUCUCCGCUGUUCGUUGAUGACGUUGCUACCUGCACCUGUGUUGUCCUCGCUUUGGACAUUCACACUUUAUUUUUAACUCGAAAAUAAGAUCAGAAUCUGCAUCAUGUUUUUGGCCAUAUUUUGUGUAGCCUUGGCCGCGAUUUUCUUCUUUUACCUGAAAUGGGAAUACUCGUCUUACGUGAAAACCAUCGAUCUGAUUCCAGGACCUCCGAAAGUUCCUUUUUUUGGAAACGCACUUUCGAUUCCUCUCGAUCCUUACGGUGCUCUGCAAACUAUUUCGGUGGAGUGGCCCAAAAAGUACGGACAUUUUAGACGCGGCUGGUUCGGAUUGAACGGUUACAUUGACAUCUCUUGCCCAAUAGCAGCAGAGGAAAUACUGUCGAGUCCAAAAUUCAUCGAUAAGGGCAAAGAAUACUCUUUGCUGAUGCCAUGGCUAGGUGAAGGACUCCUUACUUCAACAGGUAAUAGGUGGCGGAUAAGGAGACGUUUGCUGACUCCGGCCUUCCAUUUCCAGAUACUCGACAAUUUCUUUGACACCUUUAAUAAAAAUGCCGAUAUUCUGUGCCAACAAUUACAUGGUUCGUUAUCCAAGAAAGCGGAAUUGAAUCAAACGGAAGAAAUUGAAGUCUUCCCUUACCUCAAACGAUGCACCCUUGACAUUAUUUGCGAAGCAGCUAUGGGCAUCCAGAUUAAUUCGCAACUUGAAAAUUCUGAAUAUCCCAAGGAACAUGAAUAUCCUAAUGCGGUGCAUAGGUAUACCAUGGUAUUAUUUGAGUAUUUCAAUUCGAUAUGGAGUUUUUUCCCUCAACGGAUUUACUUUAUGACGAAGCACGGCAAAGAGUAUCAGAAAUGCUUGAAAAUUAUUCACGACUUCACAUCCAAAGUGAUUCAAGACAGAAAAAAAGAAAUCGAUCAAGAAAUUACGACGACAGAGAUGAAACAAGACGAAACUGAGGAAUCGCAGUUUGAACCAAAAAAACGAAGGGCUUUUCUUGAUUUGAUGCUAAUCGCUGCGAAAGAAGGAGCGGAUCUGACAGACAUGGAUAUCCGCAAUGAAGUCGACACUUUUAUGUUUGAGGGUCAUGAUACAACCGCCUGUGCUGCAGUUUGGUUCUUAUACUGUAUGGGAAUUCACCCCGAUUGUCAGGAAUUAGCAAGAGAGGAGCUAAACGACGUGUUUGGAGAUUCAGAUCGCCCUUGCACCAUAGAGGAUGCGUCCAAACUGAAAUAUUUAGAAUGCUGCAUCAAGGAAACGCUCCGUCUUUAUCCGAGUGUUCCAUUAAUCAAACGAUCCAACAAUGAGGACUUUGUACUCAGUAACGGAUACAAAAUCCCAGCUGGCGCAACCUACUCUGUUCAUAUCUUCGCUCUCCACCGCAACGAAGAAAUCUUCCCAGAUCCUCUUUCGUUCAAACCCGAAAGAUUUUAUAGCGACCAAUGUAGCGGGAGACAUCCGUUCGCCUUUGUCCCUUUUAGUGCCGGCCCAAGGAACUGCAUUGGUCAAAAGUUCGCUCUCUACGAAGAAAAAGUUAUCUUUUCGACUUUGCUCAGGCGGUUUCGAUUUACUUACAACACUUUCAAACACGGACCGGUCAAACCUUUCAUGGAUAUUUUACUCAAACCCCAUAGCGGAAUGCCACUGAUAAUCACACCGCUUCCUACAAAACAUUAAAAAAAUACAUUAUAUAUUUAAAGAACUAAGUAAAAAUUGGUAACGAACAACUCUGUGACAGACCAUAAUCAAACUCGAAUAUCACAUAAUUUAUUUUUUAAACCUAACCAUUUAAUCUUGAUUAAGAACGCCACUAAGUAAUAAAUACGCGCAAAUGAAAGUUAUUCACACAAAGAUACCAUGGUCUUUCUGGUUUCUUGUUGAUUCAAUUUUGCUUGUCAAAAAAUCACUGCAGUUGUUAUUUGUUGCGCAACACAGUUGUAAAAAACUUUUAAUGCCACUGGUCGUUUUUAGCCAAUAGUUUUUGAUUGGUGAUGCGGUAACAGCAGUAUUUUAGUGUAAUUCGAUCCUUCAUCCGAUUUACUUUGAUACUUGGAUGUUGCCAUACUACUUGGAAUUAUAAUUGCCAAUAGCAAAUAAAUACGCUCGAUAGACUCUGUUAAUAC